AUGUUGGAUACGGAAAUAAUCUUUCUCUACCAAGAGGCACUGGGACUCAACUUCCAGAAAGCACGCGAGGACAAUGUGGCAACAUUCCGGGGUUCAGAAUACUUCUGCUAUGACUUGUCUCAGAAUCCUAUCCAGAGUAGCAGUGAUGAGAUCACUCUGUCCUUCAAAACUUGGCAACGCAACGGUCUCAUCCUCCACACGGGCAAGUCGGCUGACUACGUUAACCUAGCGCUGAAAGACGGUGCCGUUUCGUUGGUCAUCAACCUGGGCUCAGGAGCCUUCGAGGCUAUCGUUGAGCCUGUCAAUGGAAAGUUCAAUGACAACGCCUGGCAUGACAUCAAAGUGACACGCAACCUGAGACAGCACUCAGGCAUUGGACACGCUAUGGUGACUAUAUUGGUGGAUGGUAUAUUGACCACCACAGGAUACACGCAGGAGGAUUACACAAUGCUGGGCUCAGAUGAUUUCUUCUAUGUGGGGGGAAGUCCAAGCACUGCCGACCUGCCUGGAUCUCCCGUCAGCAAUAAUUUCAUGGGCUGCCUGAAAGAGGUGGUCUACAAAAACAACGAUAUACGACUGGAACUCUCUCGCCUGGCCCGCAUCGCAGACCCCAAAAUGAAGCUACAAGGGGACGUGGUGUUUAAAUGUGAGAAUGUCCCCACCCUAGACCCUAUCUCUUUUGAGACACCAGAAUCCUUCCUCAGCCUGCCCAAGUGGAACACCAAGCGUGUGGGCUCCAUUUCCUUUGACUUUCGCACCUCAGAGCCCAACGGACUAAUCCUUUUUACGCAAGGUAAGCCCCAGGACAAGAAAGAUGCUCGUAGCCAGAGGAGCAACAAAGUGGACUUCUUCGCUGUGGAACUUCUAGAUGGAAAUCUCUAUCUUCUGCUGGACAUGGGAUCAGGAACUAUUAAAGUCAAAGCCACACAGAGUAAGGUUAAUGACGGAGCAUGGCACCAUGUGGACAUCCAGAGAGAUGGAAGAUCAGGUAUCAUCUCUGUGAAUAGCCGUCGGACUCCAUUCACUGCCAGUGGAGAGAAUGAGAUUCUAGACCUGGAGGGUGACCUAUAUCUCGGAGGUCUCCCAGACAACCGUGUCGGCCUGGUCCUUCCCACCGAACUGUGGACCGCUAUGUUGAACUAUGGCUAUGUGGGCUGCAUCCGUGAUCUUUUCAUAGACGGUCGCAGUAAAGACAUUCGCCAGAUCGCAGAGGCACAGAAUGGAGUUGGAAUCAAGUCAUCCUGCAGCAAAGUAACAGGCAAACAGUGUGACAGCAACCCCUGCAAAAACAACGGCAUCUGCAAAGAGGGCUGGAAUCGCUUCAUCUGUGACUGCACCGGUACCGGAUACUGGGAUCGAACCUGUGAGAGAGAGGCAUCUAUCCUAAGCUACGAUGGCAGUAUGUAUAUGAAGGUGGUGAUGCCGAUGGUAAUACAUACAGAAGCAGAGGAUGUGUCUCUGAGGUUUAUGUCCCAGCGUGCCUUUGGCCUGUUGAUGGCUGCCACAUCACGUGAGUCCGCAGACACACUACGACUAGAACUGGACAGCGGCCGUGUCAAACUGACCGUCCAUUUAGACUGUGGCAGGAUAAACUGUAACACCAGUAAAGGACCAGAGACAUUGUAUGCUGGCCAGAAAGUGAACGACAAUGAUUGGCACUCAGUCAAAGUGAUGCGGCGUGGUAAAAACCUCAAACUCAUGGUGGAUGAUGAUGUAGCUGAAGGUCAGAUGAAUGGUGACCACACUCGGCUGGAGUUUAGUAACAUUGAGACCGGAAUCCUGACAGAACGUCGGUUUGCCUCCACAGCUCCAUCCAACUUCAUUGGUCACCUGCAAGGCCUAAAGUUCAACAGCCUCCUCUACAUUGACAUGUGCAAGAAUGGGGACAUCGAAUUCUGCGAGCUGAAUGCUCGUUUUGGCAUGCGCUCCAUUGUGGCCGAUCCAGUUACCUUCAAGACCAAAGGAAGCUAUCUGGGUCUUGCUACACUCCAGGCUUAUAGCACCAUGCACCUCUUCUUUCAGUUCAAAACUACCUCGGGUGAUGGAUUCAUUCUCUUCAACAGUGGAGAUGGGAAUGAUUUUAUUGCCGUGGAGCUUGUCAAAGGGUAUAUUCACUAUGUGUUUGACCUGGGAAAUGGACCGAGUCUUCUCAAAGGUAACAGCGACAGUCCUCUUAAUGACAACCAGUGGCACAAUGUGGUGAUCACUCGAGAUGCCAGCAACACACACACACUAAAGGUGGACGCCAAGUCUGUCAGCCAGGUGGUCAACGGAGCGAAAAAUCUGGACCUGAAAGGUGAUCUGUUUGUGGCUGGUUUGGGACCAAACAUGUACCAGAACCUGCCGAAACUGGUGGUGUCUCGUGAGGGUUUCCAGGGCUGCUUAGCUUCCAUGGAUCUCAACGGCCGUCUGCCUGACCUCAUCAAUGAUUCUCUGUUCCGCAGUGGGCAGGUCGAACGUGGCUGUGAAGUUGGUUUCACCAAAGCUGACCUGCAAGGGCCCAGCACUACAUGCCAGGAGGAUUCGUGUGUCAACAUGGGUGUAUGCAUCCAGCAGUGGGAGAACUUCACCUGCGACUGCUCCAUGACCUCUUACUCUGGCACCCAGUGCAAUGACCCUGGAGCAACGUACAUCUUUGGAAAGGGCGGAGGACUUAUCACAUACACAUGGCCCAAUAACGAGAGGCCCAGCACUAGAACCGAUAGAUUGGCGGUGGGCUUCAGCACCACCAUCAAGGAUGGGAUUCUGGUCCGCAUUGACAGCGCCCCCAGACUAGGAGACUACAUCAUGCUCCAUAUCGAAGAAGGAAAGGUGGGCGUAACAUUCAACAUUGGCACUGUGGACAUCAGCGUCAAAGAGAUGAAUACAGAAGUCAACGAUGGAAAAUAUCAUGUUGUGCGCUUCACAAGGAAUGGGGGAAACGCCACCUUACAGGUGGACAACUGGCCAAUCAACGAGCACUUUCCAUCAGGCAACAGCGACAAUGAGCGUUAUCAAAUGGCUAAUAAGAAAAUCCCAUUCAAAUAUACCCGGCCGGUCGAAGAUUGGCUACAUGAGAAAGGUCGUCAGCUGACCAUUUUUAACACCCAAGCCACCAUCUCAAUAGGCGGUAAUGACCGCAAGCGACCGUAUCAAGGCCAGCUCUCUGGUCUUUAUUACAAUGGCCUGAAGGUUCUCAACAUGGCAGCUGAAGGUCAUGCUAACAUCAAGAUAAAUGGCAGUGUGAGACUGGUGGGGGAUGUGCCCACCAGCAGAAGCCCCUCACGUACCACCACCUCCAUGCCCCCAGAGAUGUCCACCACCUUCAUUGAGACCACCACCACCCUGUCAACCACCACUACCCGCAAGCAGCGCUCACCACCCACCAUUCAGCAGACAACGGAUGACAUUGUGUCCUCUGCAGAAUGUUCCAGCGAUGACGAGGAUCUGGAGGAGUGUGACGGGGGACACACAGGAGGGGAGUUAGUUAUCCCUGUUCUAGUUGAGGAUCCCAUAGACAUCCCCCCUGUUUCCACUCGAGCCCCUUUCAUCCCCCUUCCCCUGACCCUUCACCCCGUCCUCACCAUUAUUGAGACCACCAAAGAGUCCCUGUCAAUUGCCACCGAGGCGGGGGUACCUUGCUUGUCGGACCAAGGCAGCGAUGAUUGUGAUGAUGAUGAUGGUGACGAUGAUGGUGAUGGCUUGGUGAUAUCGGGGUUUGGCUCUGGGGAGGCCUUCGACUCUAGCCUCCCCCCUACUGAUGAUGAAGAUUUUUACACCACCUUCUCCCUGGUAACAGAUAAGAUCUUGACCACGUCGACCUACGAAGGUGGCUACAAAGCUCUCGCGCCCAAGUGGGAAGUAAAGGACUUUAAACCUAGCAAGGCCUCUGAGGCAGGCAGGACUACGGCCAUCCCGCCUCUGCCUGACUUCAGGAGCUCAGCUGCAUCACCCGUCACGCUCGAGACCGCUCCUAAAAUCCCAGCUGGGAAAAUGAACAACCGUGAAAUCAAACCCCAACCCGACAUAGUGCUACUACCACUCCCCACGUCUUUCGACAUGGACGGCACCAAACCGAAGGGGCCGUACAUCACCCAGCCCAUGUUGCGCACCAUCCCCAGUGCUCUGCCCACCAUGCCAGGUAUCAGGAGAGUGCCUCCUGGUGCCUCGGAGGUAAUACGUGAGUCCAGCAGCACUACGGGUAUGGUGGUGGGUAUCAUCUCUGCUGCCGCCCUGUGCAUCCUCAUCCUCCUCUAUGCCAUGUACAAAUACAGGAACAGGGACGAGGGCUCCUAUCAGGUAGAUGAAACACGGAACUACAUUAGCAAUUCUGCACAGAAUAAUGGCACAGUAGUCAAAGACAAACAGCCCAACACUAAGGGUGCCAGCAACAAGAGACCCAAAGACAAGGACAAGGAAUACUAUGUAUAAAACAAAAAUCCGAAUGGCAAAACAGAGACAGAACAACAUCUGAGAAAUCUUGAACAGAAAACAGUGAUUUUACACAGAAAAUCCUUUAAAAGCUCAAACACACUGAGUCAAAAUGAACCCAUUUCCGAGUUAUGUGAUUUGAAGCACACUUAAGCAUACGGUAAGCAUAGGGAGAAGGCAAAUAGAACUCUGGGGACCUUGAUACCUUACUUUCUGUCUGGUUGUGGGACAAUGCCAGUGUAAAAUAUCUCAUUGCAACAUUGUUAUCCGUCAAGUGACUUUCUGAGGUACAAAAUCCUUGGUGUAAAAAAAAGACGAAGGAAAAAAAACAAAAAACAAAGCAACCCUUGUCCAUUGUAACCCUGUACAAAUCAAUGAUGAUCAUGGGUAAUGGUCAUGAUUUUGGACAUGCAUGUGAUGUGUGUGAUGUAGUACUGAUAUCUUUGCAAAGAGGAGAAAUAGAAGAUGUUGUUUUGGAGAUGCAAAGUGGGAAAAUUUGCCAUAAAACAGUACCUUUCUAACCCAUGCUGGAGAAGAAGUGUUCCAUUAAACAAAUGGUUUUAUUGUCUUUUUUUAUUGUGUUUUUUUGGAAUAUGUGUUUCAGGGCUUUACUGUGGAAAAAUGACUUUUUAAAUUGUAUUAACAUACUCAUUUUUGUUUGUUUCUGCUUUUAUUUUUCAUCAUUUUUUCUUCCGGUGUCUGUCAAGGAACUAACUUGCUUUAACAUUCGUAUUCUGAUUGAGCUCUGUCAUGUAUAGCCAGAUUCAACUGAAAAGCAUCCAUCUUUUACAAAUGGAAAAUGAGACAUUCAACAUUAAAUUCAGUUCAGUUUUGACUAAGUCAUUUGCUACACACACACAACUCACAUAUGGAUCAAGUGUGAACGAAGCAAUCCGAUGACUGAAGGAGGGCUGAAAUAUGAAUUUAUUUGAGGGAGACAAAUUCAGUGCGAACAAGUGUAUAUUUCAUGUUGUCACAGUCACCUGUGUCAAACAAUAAAUGUUUACAUAUUUUAUUACAUCAUAGAUGCAGUACUUUGUAGCUCAUUAUUGUACAUAACAGUUGAUUGUGACAUUUUCAUACACUUUCUGUACAAAUUGAACAAACACCUAGUUCAGUGUAGCUCAUCCAGUGAAGUCCAAAAGUCUGAGCCCACAUUGAAAAUCUGAGAUUCAAAACCAAAUAUAAGCAGGGAAAUUAACAGAAGGUUUCAGGAUUUUUAAGAGAAAAAAUAAAUAAAGUAAUAUUAUGAACAACGAAGAAGAAAGAAAUAUUUAUGGUUCUGCAUUAAUUUCUGUGUUGCUAAUCAGGUAAGCUAAUGUGUCUAACUUCAAAUCUGAAGGGGUCAGAUUUCCCUGCUUCCAUUGAUGUACACAAAUUAUGCUGGAUAACAACAGCUGGCUUUUGUUGAAACGUAUGGAGUCAGUGU